AUGCCUGCUUCUUUCGGUGAGGUUCCUUGUGUCACCCUUCAGAAUCACAACUGCCAUAGCUACCUGGAGACAUGUCAGAGACUCAGUGAGGCCACUGUCAUUGCUGUGCCCAUGAAUGAAGGUAAAGGAGACCUUCAUGGUAACCAACCUGAUGUGAUUUUAAAAUACAAUGAAGACAAAGCCAGAAGUCUAAUAGUAUAUGACGAAUUUCCUGAGCAUUCUAAAAAUGAAACUAAAACAUUUGAUUGUGGAGAUGAUGAAAUUCAGUUUUAUGACAUUGGGUAUGAUGAAGACAUUGAUGAUAUCUGA